GUCACUAUUAGACAAGUCACAGAUUAACACUAGAUUUAGUAUUUAGUGUUAGUGUAUAGUCUUUAUAUCGGCCGUAAGUUUAAGAAUUCUUUAUUUUGGGCAAUGAUGUAUAAUACAAUAGACUAACAUAUGAUAUUGUGGUUUGUUUCAAAUAAUAACACUUAUCGACUAUAUGCGAAAUAAUUUAAUAAAAGUGUAAAAAAAUCAAAAUUGGUAACAUAAGUUAAUACGAAAUAUAAAACAACUAAUGGAUUGGAUGUCCCAUAACCAUUCCCGUUCUCUUUCGAGUCGUUUGGAUUUAGCACGAGCAACUCAAGCAACUGAAUUCGUACCAAGAGUAAUAAGUUCUAGUACAUCAGCUUCACCCAAUUUUUUCAGUGCCAAUACAACACUUCAUCCUAUAACGAAGAAAUUAGAAGAUGGGAAUUUAUCUUCGUCUCUUAUCUCCCCCGAAUCGUCUUCCCCACCGCUAGUUAACAAUACAUCUCUCAUAACUAGCUCCCCAGUACAGUCUGAUAAAGUAGCAUCUAGUCCAUCGUCAGCUUUGCCGGCUUACCAGGAAAAUGUUGGUGGCACCACCUACUUUUACCAGUUUCAUUCUACCCCCGAAAACUGCCAACCAGGUGAAAAUCCAGCGACUGUAGCUGGAUCCUUACCUUCUGAAUACAACGUUUACACAGGAAAAAAAGAUUCAUCGUUUUUUUUAUCUGAAGACCUCCGCAAUGAUAUUCUAAAUAGAAAUGUAUUGACACUAUUACAACCGGAUCCUCAACAAUACCCCGACCUUCCCCAGGAGGUCGAUAGCUACCAUCAACUGUUCCCGUUGGAGCCCAUAUCAAAUACAUUGCACAAAGCCCAUUUGGGUUACCAAGCUACCAUGUACAAAGCCACUCACACCAAAACAGGGAUACAUUAUUGCUUGAGAAGGAUUCACGGCUUCAGAUUAUCGAAUACAAAGUGUAUGGCGUACGUUGAAUUAUGGCGAAAACUCACUCAUUCCAAUAUAGUUCAAUUAAAAGAAGUUUUUACUACGAAAGCUUUCGGCGAUACUUCUAUGAUGUUUGUAUAUGAUUAUCAUCCGGGUUCGGAAACUUUACUCACCAAACAUUUCUCUCCAGAUCAACCGGGUUACUGUGAUCCUUUUUUAAAUGAUAGCUCAACGCCUAGACCUUACAGUUAUCAAAAGAAUAAUUUAUUAAGGCACACGCAAAAUAAUAAACUUCCCGAACCCCUAAUUUGGAAUUAUAUCAUUCAAUUGACGUCGGCUUUGAGGGUUAUACAUUCCUCGGGUUUGGCUUGCAGAAGUUUGGAUCCAACGAAAAUUAUUAUCAAUUCUCGAAACAGAUUGAGGUUAAGUUGUUUAGGAGUAAUGGAUGUGGUGCUCCACGAACCGAAUUCAACGAUCAAUCACAUAGCGUUAGUUCAACAUUAUCAACAAGAAGAUUUGACGGCAUUGGGUAAAUUGGUAUUAGCUUUGGCUUGUAAAUCGACGAUGGCGGUACAAAGGGAAAACAUAUCUACGGCGUUGGAUAUAAUAAGUCGUUCGUAUACAACGGAUCUCAGAAAUCUUAUUAUGUAUUUAUUGGCGACGCAACAAAGAAGAAGCGUUACUGAUCUUAUGCCGAUGAUAGGAGCUCGAUUUUAUACUCAAUUAGAUAAUUUGCAUAAUCAUAUUGAAACGCUCGAUCACGAAUUAUCCAAGGAAGUACAAAACGGCCGAUUGUUUAGGAUCAUGACCAAAUUGGCUACGAUAAACGAACGACCAGAUUUUAAUUUGGAAAGCACUUGGGCUGAAACUGGAGACAGGUACAUGUUGAAAUUGUUCAGGGAUUACGUAUUCCAUCAAGUGACAGAAGACGGGAAUCCGUGGCUGGAUAUGGCGCACAUAGUACAAUGUCUGAACAAAUUAGACGUCGGAGUACCGGAAAAAAUCAGUUUGGUAUCUAGAGACGAACAGAGCGUCCUCGUCGUUUCUUACGCCGAACUCAAACAUUGCUUGGAACAAUCGUUCGGCGAAUUGUGCAAUUCGUCGACGAAUAUUCACGAUUUGAGUAGAUUGUCCGGCAUAUCGGUCGGAAUCGACGAAAAGUUAUAAAAAUCGUCGAGUGUCUGUGUUAACAUUUGUCGGGCCAGUAUCCCCUCCAUCUUGAAUUUUUUCAUUAACUUUUUUUUUAUUUAUUUUUUUUUUUCGAAACGUUCGACAUAAUUUUUUAUAAAAUAUUUGUCGUUUCCAUUUAAUUUAAGUUUAUGUUGAUGAUUUUUUUUUUCUCUUUAAUAAUUGGUAAAAUUUUUUAAUUUCACUACCACUUGUGAUAAAUAAUCGAAAUUUUCUACGAAUGUUUCGGAAUUUAACGUAAAAAAUUCUGAUAUUUUUUGAAAAUCUGGAAAAUUCUAGAAAGAUUGAGGUAUGUGAAAGAAUUUUUGAAAAAUUCUUGAGAGGAUCGUCAAGUUUUCAAAAGUUCUAUGAAUUAAAUAAAAUUUUUUUGAAAUUUCUGUAAAAUUAGAAAAAGAUUUUGGAAAAUGUCAAAGAAAUGUAAUAAUGUUUGAAAUUUUGAAAAUUCUUGGGAGGAUUAUCAAGAAUUUUCAAAAGUUUUUUUGGAUUAAAGCAAAAUUCUUCGAAAUUUCUAAAAGUUUGAAAAACUUUUUGGAAAAUACACAAAAAUAUGGAAUGUUUUCGAAAAAUGGAAUAUUUGAAUUUGAAAUUUUCUAAAAUUAUUGAAGGACUAUCGAACAUUAAAAAAUUCCACGAAGAAAUUCUCAUAAUACCCGAAAACUGAAAAAAGAUUCUGGAAAAUUUGAAAAUUCUUGAGAGGAUUAUCAAGUUUUCAAAAGUUAUUAGCAUUAAAUCAAAAUUCUUCGAAAUUUCUAAAAAUUUCAAAAACUUUUUGGAAAAUUCACAAAAAUAUGGAAUGUUUUCGAAAAAUGGAAUAAAGUAUUUGAACAACAUCAAGAAAUUUUGAAAUUUCAAAAAAAUACAUGAAACUUUUGGAAUUUUUGAAAAAUUGAAACGAAAUUUUUAUAAGAAAUUUUAAUGUUUGAAAAAAUUUACAAAAUUAUCAAUUUUCCAUUAUUUGAAAAAAUUGUCUUAAAAUUGCAUAGAUGUAAAAAAUUCGAGAAUAACUGAAAUUUGUCAUAAUUUUAAUAAUUUAAAAAAAACUUCGGAUAUUUUCCACUAUUUCAAUAACAUUUCAAAAAAAAACGAAAAUUUUCAAAAAUCGAAUGUCGUUUGAAUGAUUUUGACAAUUUUGAGAACAUUUACAAAGUAAGAAAAACUGACAAAUUGAUGAAAAAAAUUUAGCAGAAUUGGGGAGAAUAUAAAAAACUUAUAACUUAAAAAAUUCAAUAACAUUUUGGAUAAUUGAGAAAAAAAGGACAAAGCAUCGUUUGUAAUAUUCUAUUUUCAAAUUCAGAAGAUCACAAAAAAUUCUGAAAGGAAAGUGCUUGAAAACUUGAAAAAAAAAACUCUGGAAAUUGCAAAUUUCCAUAGAAAUCAAAUCAUAUUAAUGCCAAAAAUGUCUAUUAAAUUUCUAUUUUAUUGAUUUUCAUCUGAUACGGCUCGUUGUAUUUAAUUUUCAUAUACAAAAUUUUCUUUCAUAUUAUAUCCUUGUGGACAGACUAUUUUCACCUUUUGUGAAAUGUAGUUUAACUUUUAUUAAUUUUUUUUUUAAUUACAGAAUGGAUUUGUGUACGUACUGGCCCGGAUUACGUACUAUAAAAUUGUGUUGUUGUGAGUGUUACGAAAGGAUGUGGUUGGUUGGUUGGUUUAACAAUAGUGAUUGUUUACCAAAAAUUAGGUUUUCAGUAAUAUUCGGAAAAAGAAAAAACAAAAUAAAGAAAUUACCAUUUUUAAUAUUUUGUUCGUUUCGAAAUAUUAUUGAAAACACAGUUCCAUUUUUUGAGUACUAAAAUAGAUAUUUUUUGCAUAAGUUAUAUUUUUCUUUAAAAAAAGAUGUAUUAAAGUCAAUAAAUUGAAAAAAAAUUUUAAUAA